GAGCCGGGUGCUGUCCCGUCCCGCAGCAGGGGCCAUGGCCUCGCUGCCCUCCCUGCAGGAGGAGAACCGCAUCCUGCAGCAGGAGCUGUCGCGCGUCGAGGAUUUGCUGGCUCAGAGCCGGGCCGAGCGCGAUGAGUUGGCCAUCAAGUACAACGCCAUCAGCGAGCGGUUGGAGCACAGCCUGCGGCUGGAGGCGGGCGAGCGGGAGGCAGUGGAGAGCCGGAGCCUGGCGCAGCACAACAUCGAGCUGCGGCGGCUGCUGGAGGAGGAGCAGGCGGCCUACAAGCGCAAGCUGCAGGCCUACCAGGAGGGCCAGCAGCGCCAGGCCCAGCUGGUGCAGAAGCUCCAGGCCAAGGUGCUGCAGUACAAGAAGAAAUGCGGCGAAGUGGAGCAGCAGCUCCUGGAGAAGGCGACGGAGCUGGAGCAGGAGAGGCUGACGAGCCAACUGGAUGCCAGCAGCUCCCAGCUGGAGGAGGAGAGCAGCAACGAGUUGGAGAACGCCCUGAUCCGACUGGAAGAGGAGCAGCAGAG